AUGGCGGCAGAGGAGAUCCACCGAGCCAGCACUCAUGCUCCCGUCAAUAUCGCAGUGAUCAAAUACUGGGGAAAACGCGAUCCCAAGCUCAACCUCCCCACCAAUGGCUCCAUCUCGGUGACAUUGUCUCAAGAUGACCUCCGCUCACACACCACCGCCUCAUGCGCCCCCUCCUUCACCGGCGAUAGCCUCACUUUGAAUGGACAAGCCGAGGAUAUCUCAGGAGCCAGGACACAAGCAUGUCUGCGUGAAUUGCGGCAACUGCGGAGGGAAGUGGAGGCACAAGACUCGCAUGCUCCCAAGCUAGCAGACAUGAAGCUCAAGAUUGUCAGCGAAAACAACUUUCCCACUGCCGCUGGCCUGGCAUCCUCAGCGGCAGGCUUUGCAGCACUGGUCCGAGCCAUUGCCUUUCUCUACCAACUCCCCACCUCCCCCACCGAUCUAUCACGCAUCGCUCGCCAAGGCUCAGGAUCGGCAUGUCGCAGUCUACAAGGAGGAUAUGUUGCUUGGAAUAAAGGAGAAAAGGAUGAUGGGAGUGAUUCCGUGGCUUACGAAGUCGCCCCAGCCUCCCACUGGCCCGACAUGCGGGCGCUCAUCCUCGUCGCCUCCUCCGACAAAAAAGACGUCGGCAGCACCGCAGGAAUGCAGCAGACCGUCGCCUCCUCCACCCUCUUCCAGCACCGCGCAAACGAAGUCGUCCCCAAACGCAUGCACGCCAUGGAAAAGGCCAUUCACGACCGCGACUUUGAAGCCUUUGCCGCCCUGUCCACCAAAGACUCCAACAACUUUCACGCCUGCUGUCUCGACACCGACCCGCCCAUCUUCUACCUCAACGACACCUCUCGCGCUGCUAUUCGGCUGUGUGAGAUGAUCAACUCGAGGCACGAUCGGAGCGUCUGCGCCUACACUUUCGACGCCGGUCCCAACGCCGUGGUCUACUACCUCGCCAACGACGAGGAGGCAGUCGCGGGCUAUUUCAAGGCAUUGGUGGGUGAUAAGCCCGGCUGGGAGGGUAAACGGGGGCAGGCGAUCCAGGCGGCGCAGAAAAGUGUGUUGGCGGGCGGUGAAGAAGUGGCCGCCAAGCUGUUGCAGACCGGCAUCAGUCGUGUCAUCUUGACGGGAGUGGGAGAUGGCCCGCGGAGGGUGGAGGAGCAUCUUUGUUGA